AUGGACGAACCGGAGGCCGGACUUAAUUUUCACGAAUUUGAGCUUGAUGAACGUCUGUUGAGGGAUAUUGCGCGUUUGGGAUGGAUCUCCCCGACGCUUGUCCAGGAGAAGGCUCUGCCAUUUUUGUUGGAAGGAAAGGACGUGCUGAUACGAGCCCGUACCGGUUCGGGAAAGACGGCUGCAUUCGCCAUUCCGAUCAUUCAAAAUGUUCUUCGUCGUAAGGGAGAAGCCACCGUGCGCGAUACGUCCGUGCUAGUGAUGGCUCCCAGCCAGGACCUGUGUCAUCAAAUCACAAAGGUGUUCGCUGAUCUCACGUACUCGUGCGGUGCACUGGUGCGUGUGGUGGAUCUUUCCUCGAAGGAAGAGCGAGGUACCCAUCGGCACUUGCUGGCUGAGCGUCCAGAUAUCGUGGUGUCCACGCCGGCCCGGUUGCGCACCGUCUUAACCGACGGAACGCUCAACGUGCGCGAAAGUCUUCGGUGUGUUACGAUCGAUGAGGCGGAUCUUAUGUUUUCGUUCGGGUUCGAAAAAGAUCUGAAAGCCGUUUUGAAACAUUUUCCCCCGGUUCACCAGUCGGUACUUUGUUCGGCUACUUUGGAGGAGGACGUGGCAAUGCUGAAGAAGAUGAUACUGCACAACCCGGUGAUAUUGAAGCUGGAAGAGCCUCAGCUAGCAGUCGGAAGCCAAUUGACGCACUACCAAAUCGAAGCGGAGGAAACCAACAAAGCUGCGAUACUGUACACCGUGAUGAAGUUGAAGCUGAUCCAAGGAAAGUGCAUUAUUUUCGUGAAAUCCGUCGAUCGAUGUUACAGAUUGAAGUUGUUCUUGGAACAGUUUGGUAUUCGUUCCUGCAUUCUGAACUCGGAGCUACCCAUCAAGAUCCGUUGUCACACGGUCAAUCAGUUUAACCAGGGUAUCUACGAUACAAUUAUUGCCUCCGACGAACUGAUAGCAGAGAAUCCCACAUUGGUACAGACAAAAAAUGCGAAGAAGCCAACCACCAAACAGUUGCUGCAACCGAAGGAAUCGGAAUCCAGUGUUUCGCGCGGGAUCGACUUUCAGUGCGUUUCGUGCGUGGUGAAUUUCGAUUUUCCUAGCGACCUCAACUCGUACAUCCAUCGUGCUGGCAGAACGGCCCGCGGGAGCAAUAAUGGUAGCGUGCUGUCGUUUGUGAGCGCGAACGAGUCGCAACUGAAGGAGCGAGUGGAGGAGUUUCUUCAGAGCCUGUCCGGUGAUCAUCAGUUCGUCAUGAAGAAUUUCAAUUUUAACUUUGACGAGGUUGAAGCGUUCAAAUAUCGUGCGAAAGAUGCUUGGCGCGCGAUAACUAAGCUGUCCAUCAGAGAGGCUCGAAUCAAAGAGUUAAAAAUGGAAAUGUUCAACUCCGAAAAGCUAAAAUCUUUCUUUGAGGAAAAUCCCCGAGAUUUGCACACACUGCGGCACGAUCGGCCUCUGCACACGGUUCACGUGCAGGAUCACUUGGGAGACGUCCCGGAGUACCUGGUGCCACCGGCGCUCAAACCGAUGGUGGCCAUUAUGAACGCGAAACGGAAGCGGAAGUUUGAGGAGAAGAAGGCCGCCACAAAAAAACGGAUCACAAAAGCCGACAAUCCAUUGUUGGUCGGUGGUUUAGACUAUAAAAUAUAA